AUGGCCGGGAAUUUCGACGCGGAGGACCGCGGCAGCUGGUACUGGGGCCGGCUGAGCAGGCAGGAGGCGGUGUCCCUGCUGCAGGGGCAGCGGCACGGCGUCUUCCUGGUCCGGGACUCCAUCACCAGCCCCGGCGACUACGUGCUGUCGGUGUCGGAGAACUCCAAAGUCUCGCAUUACAUAAUAAACAGCAUCAGCAACAACCGGCAGUCGGGUCCAGGUUUGGCCCAGCCGCGGUUCCGGAUCGGCGACCAGGAGUUCGACGCGCUCCACGCUCUGCUGGAGUUUUACAAGAUCCACUAUUUGGACACCACUACAUUGAUAGAACCCAUCAACAAGGCCAAGCACCCCACCUUCAUGAGCGCGGGUCCCGGCGGCGGCGCCGCCCCGGCCCGCCUGGAGGACGAGUACGUGCGGGCGCUUUUCGAUUUCCCCGGCAACGACGAGGAGGACCUGCCCUUCCGGAAGGGGGAUAUCCUCCGGGUCCUGGAGAAGCCCGAGGAGCAGUGGUGGAACGCCCAGAACUCUGAGGGCCGAACGGGGAUGAUCCCCGUCCCCUACGUGGAGAAGUACCGGCCGGCGUCCCCGAGCUCGAUGGCCGGGCCCGGCGCGCCCGCCGGUCAGCCGGCCGGAGCGGCGGCGGGGCCGGCCGUGCACGGGAACUCGGACGGCCCCGCCGCACAGACCAGCACUCCCCUGCUCGGAGACCCCAGCCAGUACGCCCAGCCCACGCCCCUCCCGAACCUCCAGAACGGACCCGUCUACGCCAGGGCCAUUCAGAAAAGGGUGCCCAACGCCUACGACAAAACCGCCCUGGCUCUGGAGGUGGGCGACAUGGUGAAGGUGACCAAAAUAAACGUGAACGGCCAGUGGGAGGGGGAGUGCAAAGGCAAGCGGGGUCACUUCCCCUUCACGCACGUCAAACUGCUGGACCAGCACAACGCGGAGGACGAGCUCAGCUGA